GCUGUGAAAAAAGCAACGAUUCCUAGCACACUGGUGUCUACACAUUCUGAAUCAAAACCUUCACGUUCUACAGUAACAAACACCGUUAUUAAUGAUGCACCAAAACCAAUAGAAGAUAGAAUCACAAAUGUUGUACCUUCCAAGCUAAAGGAGAAGAAUGAACCACCUGCUCAAAUAGAAAAGUGUACCCCACAGAGAGUAGAGAGGCCAACAUCAAAAAUAUUCACCACUUUCCCAGCAACCCCUAGGGAAGAGAUUAGUAGAACACCUGUAGUGCAAAAGGAAAAGACGGUAACACCAGGUGGUCCAGGAGUUAAGUCCUUCCUGGAGCGAUUUGGAGAGAAGUGUCAAGAACGCACACCUGUAAGUGCAGCACCUGUAAACACUGCACUGAAGUCUGCUGUGGUGACACCAACAACAAAAAGUAUCCAGGAAAGGCUUUUCAAGCAGAGUGAUGUAUCCAGUACUGCUAGCUUAGCACAGCAGCAGAAAAAGGAACGUGAAAAGGAACUUGCAGCCAUUCGUUCCCGAUUUGAGAAAGGAAGUGUGUGGACUGCAGACAAGGAAGACACAGCUAAAGCCAAGCAUCAAGAGACUCAACGGGAAAUUCAAGCUCAUCCAGUGACUUCUAGCAAGCCACCAAAGCCAAAUGUAAUCUCCCAUCCAGCUGCUGAGAGAGUGCCUGUCUCUCCAGAGAAGGGUACAGCACGUGACACCCAAAAAAAGAUAGCUGAGCAUAUAAAAAGUCCUGAGAAAUCUGUGCAACCGUCUUUAGUGCCAUUGGAGAAGCCAGGAUUCAGUAACAAAGUAAAGUCUAGUGAGGAUAAAGUGGAAGUGAUUCGAGAGAUUGAGAUGAAUGUAGAUGGAAGCAUUGAUGAGACUAACAGUUCAGAAAUGAUCAACAGCAUAUUUAGUGAUGCUUUUGAAAAUGAAGAUGAAAAUGAAGUACCUACUUCGCUAUUGGAAAGGGUUUCAUAUGAUUCCGAAAGCAAUAAAGGAGGUGACAGUUCUGGUGAGGAAGAUGAUGAUGCACUCAACAUUUCUUCAAUGUCUUUGCUAACUCCGCUAGCAGAGACUGUUGGGGUUGGAAGUCCAGAGGAACUUCUCUCUUUUUCACUGUCACCUUCCAAGGUACAAGUAGAGACUAGUGCAAGUUCUAAUAACCCUAAAUCAGGAAAGUUCCAAAGGACUAGGGUACCUAGAGCAGAAUCAAAGGACAGUUUUAGAUCUAUAGAGGAAAAUCAAAAUCUCUUGUACAGCAUCGAUGCAUACAGAUCACAGAGAUUUAAAGAGUCAGAUCGUCCACCGGUAGUGCAAACGAUUGUGCGCAAAGAAGAUGUGUCUUCCCGAAUGGAGGAUACAAAGAAUGCAUCUCCCCGACAUGUUAAUAUCAAACAGAAACUAAAGGCAGAAGAAAGGAAUGACAGCAGUGUCCUUCAAGGGGAUCUCGGGGCACAAAGUCAACUCUGUAUAUUAAAUAAUGAAAUCAACUUGCAACAAACUGUGAUUCACCAGGCCAGCCAGGCUCUUAAUUGCUGCACAGAUGAGGAGCAUGGUAAAGGAACACAGACGGAAGCAGAGGCAGAACGCUUGCUGCUGUUUGCAACUGAAAAAAAGAUCCGCUUUGCUUUGUGAGAUUAACAAGUUGAAGAGUGAAGGUCCCCAGAAGAGACCACAGCCUUCAGCUCAUGAGAGCACUCCAUCCAGAGGCCUUAUAUCCAUUUCUGAGAUAUUUUUGCCGAUCAAGCCUGAUUUUAUUUGCAGUACAUCUCAGAGACCAGAUGCAGCAAACUAUUACUUCUUUAUAAUCAUUCGAGCAGAUGCAGAAAACAUGGUGGCAACGCCCCUUGCCAGCAUUUCUAGUUCAAUGAAAGGAGAUGCUUUAAUGUUUCCAACCACCUUUACGCUUGAGGAUGUUUCUAAUGAUUUCAACGUUUAUGUUGAUGUGUACAGUUUGGCACAAAGAAAAGAGGGUGCUGCUCUUGAUAAGAGGAAAAAGGCUGUAAAGACUAAGGCAAUCACUCCAAAAAGACUGCUUACUUCUAUCACAAAAAGCAACAUUCAUACACCAGCCUUGGCUAGUCCGGGAGGUCCCAAUGCUGUCCGCACCAGCAACUUUGUCCUUGUUGGAUCUCACAAGCUCUCACUGUCCUCAAUUGGUUGCAACAAAUUUCUCUUGGACAAGGUUCCAUUCUUGUCUCCUUUAGAAGGUCAUGUCUGUCUAAAACUCAAGUGCCAAGUCAAUUCUUUUGCUGAAGAAAAGGGCUUUCUGACUAUGUUUGAAGAUGUAAGUGGCUUUGGAGCUUGGCAUCGGCGUUGGUGCGUUCUCUCAGGUUAUUGCAUUUCUUACUGGACGUAUCCAGAUGAUGAAAGACGAAAGAAUCCUAAUGGCAGAAUAAAUUUGGCAAACUGCACAAGCAGAAAAAUCGAACCAGCCAACCGGGAAUUCUGCGCCCGACCCAAUACAUUUGAGCUGAUAACAGUGCGUCCACAGAGAGAGGGUGACAGAGAAACUUUAGUCAGCCAAUUCCGGGACACGCUGUGUGUUACCAAGAACUGGUUAUCUGCAGACACUAAAGAUGAACGAAAUCUCUGGAUGCACAAGCUUAACCAGGUGCUCGUGGAUCUUCGCAUGUGGCAGCCAGAUGCUUGUUAUAGACCAACUACCAAAGCUUAA